ACGAAGUGCUGGAGGCGGUGCCUCAUUUCUUUCAGAGCCCAGAAAUCUAUAAGAACUGUCUCAAAACCAAAAAACAAUAUUCACUUUCCUUUUACAAUAUUAAAAAAUUCAAUCUUUCUCUGUUUCUGUAUCUCAAGUAUAUAAAAAUUCAAUCUUUGAUUGAAGCAAAAGAUAGAGAAUCAACAAUGAUUAUUGUGGUGAUGGAAAUGUCGUGAAAACCAGAGAAGAAUCACAAAUAAAAAACAGAACAGACAAUACUUUCAUUUUGAAUCUCUUGAAACCAGUGUGUACUCUUAAAGAGAAAGACUUUUGGUUUUGUCUCCAUUGGAACACGAAUCUCUCUCUCUCUGUCUGGCGUAGAGACGAAGGUAAAAGCGCCGCGUGUAUAGCCUUCAAUGGCUUUUCAACGGCGGCGCAACAAUUACUACAACCGUCUCCGUCGUCUUCUUCCUUUCAUUUGCGCUGUCUCUGGAGCUCUUCUCAUCCUCUUCGCUCUUCUCUCCAUUCUUUCCCCUCCUCCUGAUGAUUCCGAUCGCCGCAUCUCCAAGCAUAUUAACUAUGGAGCCAAUGAUGAGAAGAAGAACACACCAGUGGUUUUCACAGUUCCGAGAGGUGGAGGAAGAUCGGAUCGUGAUAUCUGGCGUUCAUGGAAUGCUGAAUUCUUUUAUGGUUGUUGUAAUGCAAGCAGCAAGUUCCCAAAUGCUAAAGCAAUUACUAGAAAUGAUCGAUACUUGGCGAUUGCCACUAGUGGCGGUUUAAACCAACAACGGACUGGUAUUGUAGAUGCUGUUGUUGCUGCAAGGAUUCUAAACGCUACGCUUGUUAUUCCGAAGUUGGACCAGAAAUCCUACUGGAAAGAUGCCAGUGACUUCUCGAACAUUUUCGAUGUUGAUUGGUUUAUGUCAUUUCUCUCAAAAGAUGUCAAAAUCAUUGAGAAACUUCCACAGAAAGGAGGGCAAACAUGGAGCCCUCGCAGAAUGCGUGUACCGAGAAAAUGCAAUGAGAAAUGCUAUAUCAAUCGGGUGUUACCUGUUCUUCAGAAAAGGCAUGCAGUUCAAUUGAAUAAAUUUGAUUACAGACUCUCAAACAAGUUGAGAGAUGAUUUGCAGAAGCUGAGGUGUAGAGUAAACUAUCAUGCGCUUAAGUUUACUGAUCCAAUUCUUGAAAUGGGUAACGAAUUGGUCAGAAGAAUGCGGAAAAGGAGCAAACACUUCAUUGCUUUACAUCUUAGGUUUGAACCUGAUAUGCUCGCCUUCUCUGGAUGUUACUAUGGUGGUGGUGAGAAGGAGAAGAAAGAGUUAGGAACAAUCAGAAGGAGAUGGAAAACUUUGCAUGUAAAUAACCCUGAAAAGCAAAGGAGACAAGGAAGAUGUCCACUUACACCAGAAGAAGUUGGAUUAAUGCUUAGAGCUUUGGGAUAUGGAAGUGAUGUUCAUAUAUAUGUUGCAUCAGGUGAAGUUUAUGGAGGAGAAAAAUCAUUGGCUCCUUUGAAAGCACUUUUUCCACAUUUCUAUUCAAAAGACACCAUAGCUACAAAAAUGGAGUUAAAACCAUUUUCUUCUUAUUCUUCACGAAUGGCUGCACUCGAUUUCCUUGUGUGUGACGAAAGCGAUGUUUUCGUUACCAACAAUAACGGAAACAUGGCGAGAAUAUUAGCAGGUCGAAGGAGAUACUUUGGACAUAAACCAACAAUUAGACCGAAUGCGAAAAAGCUAUACAAGUUGUUUAUGAGCAAAGAGAAUACUACUUGGGAGGAGUUUGCUUCAAGAGUGAGAACAUUUCAGAAAGGAUUCAUGGGAGAACCAAAGGAGGUAAGAGCCGGAAAAGGUGAGUUUCAUGAGAAUCCAGCGGCUUGUAUAUGCGAAGAUACUGAUGCUAAAGUAAAAGCGGGAAAGAUGGAUUCGAGAAAAUUCGGGAAGAAAGAGCAGAAAGAAGAUGAAGAUGCAGAGUUGUCGUCGUCAGAGACAGAUUAUGAGGAAGACCAAACUGAUUUACAGGACAGAGGCUUGUAUAAUGGUACGAGGUUAGAUUAUGAUGAUGCGUUAUCGGUUUCAGAAGAGCCUGAGCUAGAAGAAAUGCUAUCAGAUUGAUUCAGUUCAAAGUCAGCUUUUUUUUUAUUGUGGUCAUAUACCUCAUCAAUGUUAUCUGUACAUAGAAAUCCAAUCCGAAGGAAUUUUCAGUUUAUUUUCUUACUUAGUCGUUGAGUCUGUUUAGGUCAAAGCAACUGAAUAUUGAUACCGAUAGAAUCUUGGUGAAUGAUAGAUAGAUACAUCAGGAUCCACAAAGAUUGUGUCAAAAGUACAUUGUUUCAAAUACAAUAGUGCCAACUUUACC